AUGCCAAUUUCUGCAAAUGAACAACGUGCUAUACAGUUAGGCUUUUAUAGAAUGAGAGGUUUUCCAAGAGUAAUAGGUGCUAUUGAUUGCUCAUACAUUCGAAUACAAUCACCCAAUAGUGAUAUAGGGGAACAAUUUCGAAACAAGAAAGGAUACUUCAGCAUUAAUGUACAAGCUGUAUGUAGUAGUGAUAUUGUUAUUACUAAUUUAGUUGCCAGGCAAUGGGCUGGUUCUGUUCAUGAUUCGACAAUAUUCGAUACUAGCAUGCUUCGUGCACAAUUUGAAAACAAAGAGUUUGGCGCAUGUGUUUUGCUUGGGGAUGGAGGAUACCCAUGUCUAAGUUAUUUGUUGACGCCAUUACUGAAUCCACGAUCAGAAUCCGAGAAAAGAUAUCAGAAACUGUCUAGAAUAUUGAGCUAA